UCCCAUUUUAAAACAACAAAACCUAAACUUUUCUUUGCUGAAAUGCUUUUUCUCUGAUGAUUUAUGGAUCAUGGAUCCUCUCUACAUCACUUCGCAAAACUCAAGCGCAAACGGAACCAACGGUUCAUUGGUCAAUGACACAGACGUGUUCUUGAACCAGUUCGUUCAGCCAGUUUGGCAGAUAGUUUUGUGGGCCAUCGCAUAUUGCUGUAUAGUUCUGGUGUCAGUUGUUGGAAAUAUCACCGUUAUCUGGAUCAUUUUAGCGCAUCAGCGCAUGAGAACAGUUACCAACUAUUUUCUGGUGAAUCUCGCGUUCGCAGAGGCGUCUAUGUCGGCUUUCAACACCGUUAUUAACUUUGUGUACGCAGUGCACAACGAAUGGUAUUUUGGACUUGUUUACUGCAGAUUUCACAACUUCUUUCCAAUAGCAGCUGUGUUCGCAAGUAUUUACUCAAUGACGGCAAUAGCCCUGGACAGGUACAUGGCUAUCAUCCACCCACUCCAGCAACGCCUGUCGUCCGCUGAGACUAAGUUGGUGGUGGGGGUGAUCUGGGCCCUGGCGCUGCUCCUGGCUUUCCCCCAGUACUAUUUUUCCAGCAUCGCUCAGCUGCCAGGACGUGUCGUGUGCUACAUCAACUGGCCAGAGUACAGCGUGUGGGAUUUUCAAAAGACGUAUUAUGUCUGCGUGGUUGUGCUUAUUUACUUUCUGCCUUUGCUCAUCAUGGGUUGUGCUUACCUGGUGGUGGGACGCAGUCUCUGGGCUAGUGAGAUUCCUGGAGACUCUUCAGACCGCUACCGACAGCAGCUGACCGCCAAACGGAAGGUGGUGAAGAUGAUGAUCGUCGUUGUGUGCACCUUCGCCAUCUGUUGGCUGCCCUACCAUGUCUACUUCCAGUUGCACCAGUUCCUUCCUCACUUAUUUGAGGAACCCUUCAUCCAGCAGGUGUACUUAGGAAUAAUGUGGCUUGCCAUGAGCUCCACCAUGUACAAUCCCAUCAUCUACUGUCUUCUCAAUGACAGGUUUCGAGCUGGAUUCCAACAGGCGUUCUUCUGGUGUCCUUGUGUCCCUCGAGGCUCCUAUGAAGGUCUGGAGCUCAAGUCAACACGCUAUCUUCAGACGCAAGCCAGCAUUUACCGUGCCAGCCGAAUGGAGACCACAGUAUCCACAGUCAUGCCGAAUGGAGAGGUAGACCUUCAGGAGAACACAAGGAGAUCCAUAGAUCUCACUUCCAAUGGUUCUUCACGAAGUGCCUCAAAGACAGUCUCUGAGUCCUCCAGCUUCUAUUCUAGUAACAAUCUAGCUUAGAAAGGAAUGCAAGAAAUACUUUCGGGGUUAUAGUACCAAUCCUGUGAGGAGAAGGGCAGAGAAUUACGUUCCAGGGAAUGUCAUGAUGUGAGCUACAGGUUUUUGAUUAUGUGUGGAAACAUCCAUCAUCAUGUUUUACUACUCAAGGCACCAAACAACUUACCCAUUUGCUAUAGGAAUCCAGGACCAGCAGGUUUGUUUAGGAAAACUUGACCAGCUGAUGCCCUUGGCAACGAUCUGUCUUUCAUUACUGCUGUUCGUAGAUGAUUCGAUAGCCAGCAUGACGACAUGGAAGGGUUUGCACCUGUUGUUUCACAUACUGGACUACGGAGGCGACAAUGUAAUGGAUUUGUCUGGAAUGCAGAGGGUCAUUAUAAAUAUAGCACAAACAGAGAGGAAAACUACUAACAUAGUUACAUCUAAUUAUAUCACUAUAAUCCUCUGUUAAAUCCAGUUUAUUAUUAGAAUGUUAUAUUUACAUUUACACAUUUAGCAGACGCUUCUAUCUAAAGUGACUUACAACUGAGUGAAUGAAUAUGCAGAAGCAAUGCAUCUUAAAGUGAAAGUGACAUGAUAUGAAGGUUAAAUAUGGCAACCCAUACUCUGCAUUUAACCCAUUCAAGUUAGGAGCAGUGAGUAGUGAACACACACACACACACACUUAAACUGUGGACACACAGUUGCGGUAUUGAGCGUGGAAGAGAGCGCUGUUCAUUCACUCCGUAUUGAGAAUCGAACCCGCAACUUUUGAGUUACAAGUCUGACUCUAACCAUUAGGACAAUAAACACAAAAAGUGCUAGUAAUAUAAAGUUUUAGCCAUCAUUUGGAAUAGUACAAGCUAAAAUAGGGAGGGAUUAAAGAAUAGUGAAGUGAUAGAUAAAGCAGGCAGCUGUUAAAUGCAUGUUGUUGAGUU